CCCACCGCCCCGGUCAAAAAUCCUAAUUAGAAGAAGUUCGAUCGAUCGAUCGAUCGUCAUUAACGAUCUCGAGAGCCCUCCAAAUCGAAAGUUCCCCCGAGGAAUUCUAGGAUUUCCCUAAUCCGUCGAAUUUGCCCCUUCCUUCUUCCUUUGCCGAUAUGGUUACCACCGGUGGUUCGUCGUCGGCCCGCUUCCACGGCGUUGAUCGCUUCUAUUGCCCUCCCGCCGUUAGGAGGCAUCUCGAACAACAGCAACAGAAGCUCCAGCAGAAGAAAUCAUCGACGCAAAGGCCGGCGCGGCCGAGGACCCGGCCGUCCCUGGCCCCGGAAGAGUCCCGUGAGGCGGCCGAGAACCGAGCCAAAUCGGAUGAUUCGUCAUCGAAACCCUCCGUCUCGUCUUCGGCUUCGUCUCUCCCGACUCCUGCCGGCAAUCUUGACCGAUUUCUCGAAUUCACCACUCUGAUCGUCCCCGCUCAUUACUUCCCCAAGACAAACGUUAGAGGGUGGAGGAACUGCGACGACGCGUUGAAGUCGCACCCCUACUUUUGCCUCGGAGAUCUCUGGGAGUCUUUCAAGGAAUGGAGCGCUUAUGGCGCCGGGGUACCGCUGGUGCUGAACGGCAAUGACUCCGUUGUGCAGUAUUAUGUGCCGUAUCUCUCUGCCAUUCAGAUAUAUGUGGACACUUCUACUCCCACUUUGAGAUCGAGACCUGGUGAGGAAAGUGAUGGGCAACAUUACCUGGAUACUAGCAGUGAUAGCAGCAGCGAGAGUGAAGUAGACCAGAUACAGGAAGGAUUUGCAUCUUUGGGAACCACCAACCACCAUGAGCGAGGAUGCUUCGUAGAUGGUGAUGGCGAGUCUUGCAACCCGGCCACUGUUCCUGUUUUUGAGUACCUAGAGAGGGAUCCACCAUACAGUAGAGAACCUCUUGCUGACAAGAUAUCAGGUCUUGCAAGUACAUAUCCAAAUCUUAAAAACUACAAAAGCUGUGAUCUACUGUCCUUGAGUUGGAUGUCUGUUGCAUGGUACCCAAUUUACAGGAUACCAACAGGACCAACAUUAAGAGACUUGGAUGCUUGCUUUUUGACCUUCCACUCAUUGGCAACUCACAGAAGUGGACCCAGUCCAAACUCUGAGGGUUUUGGAUCUUGUUCUGUUAGUAAUAUCAAGAGAUCCAACAUGUCUGCAACGGUAAGUUUGCCCGCCUUUGGUCUUGCUUCGUACAAGUUCAGGGGUUCCAUUUGGACAUCUAGCGGACUCUACGAACGACAGCUAGCGGGUUCGCUACUUCAAGCUGCAGACAAUUGGCUUCGCCUUGUUCGAGUAGAUCAUCCAGACUAUAGUUUUUUCAGCUCUCAUCACAACACGUUUAGGAGAUGACCUACGAUGACAAAUGUAAAUGCCUUUUUAUUA